AUGGACCAGAAGGAGCGCACAAGCAUGGACCAGAAGGAGCGCACAAGCAUGGACCAGAAGGUGCGCACAAGCAUGGACCAGAAGGAGCGCACAAGCAUGGACCAGAAGGAGCGCACAGACACACAGAGCACAAUCAUGAACACACGGACCAGGUGGCAACAACCAAGUGUACGACCCACAACAGCACCGAGGCCGAGACGCGGCACAAGAAGGAGCCGCACUCGCACCAUUCGCACCACGGACACUCGCACGAACCUCAUCAUCACGAGCAUCGGCACGAAGUCACCGCGACGCAACAGGAAGGAAACUGCCCAUGCCCCUACUGAGUCAAAGAUCACACCCAACGCCACAGAGACUCAAAAUGGCGGCGAGGCACAAGACAGCUCGACCACGCCUCCUGCUGCUGAGAGGAGGCGGAGGAAAAGCAUGAGGGGGAAGGGCCAGGCUGAAGGGGGCGUGGCCAGGAGCCGGAGGGAAGCGCCUGGACCAUGGAGCCCGUCCACUGAGCCCACUCUGAUUGGUUCACACCACCCAGAAGGGUCCGCCCACCAGCACGAAGAGUGCCUGAACCUGACCCAGCUCCUCUCAGACUUUGGUCUCAGUCCGGACUCUCUGAUCUCACCGGUCCAGUUCUCGUACCUUUGUCCCGCGCUGCUGUAUCAGAUCGACAGCCGCGUCUGUAUCCGCCACUACCACCAGAGGGAGGUAGAGAGCACCGCUCUCCAGGCGCCCAGCUCAGUGUAUGUGUGGCUUUCGGGUUUUGUCUCCAUCACCAUCAUCUCCCUCCUCUCGCUUCUCGGCGUUGUUCUGGUUCCCAUCCUGGACCAGGGCUGCUUCAAGUUCCUGCUCACGUUCCUGUUGGCCCUCGCUGUGGGGACUCUGAGCGGAGACGCGCUGCUCCACCUGCUGCCUCACGCCCAGGGGCAGCACGACCACAGCUCUCCCCAGGACGAGGCCUCUGAUCUGGGCACGAAAUUCGACGGAGUGUGGAAGGGACUGACGGCUCUGGGAGGAAUCUACCUCCUCUUUAUCAUCGAGCACUGUCUGGGCAUGUACAAGCACUACAAGGACCACCAGUCAAAGGAGAAAAGUGACGACGGUGGAAUCGGGAGGAAACUGUCGGAUCACAAACUGAACAGAAGAUCAGACGCAGAGUGGCUCAACCUCAAAGCUCUGCCCGAAGACGCCGACAGCAGCGCAGCGUGUGACGUCGGCCUCAGCGAGACUCAGCUCACAGACGUCCAGACCUCAGACUCCACCCUCCCUCCCCCCGCCUCACCCCCACCCCCCUCUCUGCCCUCCCCCAAGAAGAACGGACACAAAAGCCACGGACACUCGCACAGGCACUCCCAUGGUCACGGCCACUCCCACGGAGGAAACUGUCACUCAGACCAGGACAUGAAGGACGCAGGCAUCGCCAGCAUUGCAUGGAUGGUCAUCAUGGGGGACGGCAUGCACAACUUCAGCGACGGAUUGGCCAUCGGAGCUGCGUUCAGUGCUAACCUGACCGGAGGCAUCAGUACAUCUGUGGCCGUGUUCUGCCACGAGCUGCCGCACGAGCUGGGGGACUUUGCGGUCCUGAUUAAAGCUGGGAUGAGUGUGAAGCAGGCGAUAGCGUAUAACGUGUUGUCGGCGCUGAUGGCGUACGUGGGGAUGGUGGUGGGGACGGCGGUGGGACAGUACACUCACCACCUCACCUCCUGGAUCUUCGCCGUCACCGCCGGAAUGUUCCUCUACGUGGCCCUCGUCGACAUGCUGCCUGAGAUGCUGCACGGUGACAGCGAGGACCACAAACGCUGUCAGGUCGGUCACUUCCUGCUCCAGAAUCUGGGCAUGAUCACCGGCUUCUCCCUCAUGCUGCUCAUCGCCAUCUUUGAAGAUCAGAUCGUGUUCGACUUCAGCUUCUGA